CCAUUGAGCCUCUACAGACAGAAGCUACUCGAUCGCUCUUGGAGUAACAGAUUGCAGCUGUCAUCAUGAAAUUCCUGGUUGUUGCCUUUGCCGUUCUGGCCUGCGCCUAUGGCGAUGUCUCCCACUUGGGUUACGACUACUCUCCUCCGGCCCCAGCUCCGGUUUACCAGCCAGCUCCGGCUCCGGUCUACCAGCCCGCCCCGGCUCCGGUCUACCAGCCUGCUCCUGCUCCGGUCUACCAGCCCGCCCCGGCUCCGGUCUACCAGCCUGCUCCUGCUCCAGUUGUGAUCCCAGCUCCUGCUCCCGCUCCAGUUGUGAUCCCGGCUCCAGCUCCCGUGAAGACCUACGUCCCACCCGCACCCAUCAGCAUCCCAGCCCCAGCACCCGCUCCCAUCAGGAUCCCAGCCCCAGUUUACCAGCCAGCUCCUGCUCCCAUCAGCAUCCCAGCUCCGGCUCCAGUUGAGAUCCCUGCCCCAGCCCCAGUGAACACCUACAUUCCCCCCGCACCAGCACCAGCUCCGGUUUACCAGCCAGCCCCUGCUCCCAUUCCCGUGAGCAUCCCGGCUCCAGCUCCCGUUUACCAGCCUGCUCCCGCUCCCGUUGUGAUCCCAGCCCCAGCUCCAGCACCAGUUGUGAUCUCUGCUCCUGCUCCCGCUCCAGUUGUGAUCCCAGCCCCAGCUCCCGUGAGGUCCUACGUGCCACCUGCACCAAUCAGCAUCCCAGCCCCGGCUCCCGUUUACCAGCCAGCUCCCAUCAGCAUCCCGGCCCCUGCCCCAGUUUAUCAACCUGCUCCCGCUCCCGUCUACCAGCCAACCAACACUCAGGUUCUGGAGGAGAUCGAGCCCGCUUCCAAUGAUGGAUACCGCUACAAGACCGUGCGUCGUCGCGUCUACCGUCACCGUUUCUAAACUUACCAAAGCCCAACAAAAAACUGUUUCCUAACGAAUCCCUACGGGGACUCGCAAUAAAAAAU